GGCCGGUAGGGUGCGCUAUCCACGGUGCCUUGCCAGAUCCCGGCCGGCCUGCGCCUGCGCGGGGCUUGAGCGCCGCUGCGAAGGCUGUGGGGGAGUGGAGCGGCCUAUCCCACACCUGCGCACUCGGACCAAGAUGGCGGCGGCGGCCCUCCUGGGCCGGGGAGCUGCGGCGGCUGCCGCUGGGCUGCGGAGGCGAUUCUGUCAUAUGAUGAAUCCAUAUACCAUUAAGAAACAGCCUCUGCAUCAGUUUGUCCAGAGACCACUUUUCCCACUCCCUGCAACCUUAUGUAACACAGUGAGAUACAUGUUUAUUCAAACACAAGAUACCCCAAAUCCCAACAGUUUAAAGUUUAUUCCAGGAAAACCAGUUCUUGAGACAAGGACCAUGGAUUUUCCCACACCAGCUACAGCAUUUCGCUCCCCUCUGGCUAGAUUAUAUUCUAUUAUAGUUAUUAAAAGGCAGUUAUUUAGGAUUGAAGGAGUAAAAAGUGUCUUCUUUGGACCCGAUUUCAUCACUGUCACAAAGGAAAAUGAAGAGUUAGACUGGAAUUUACUGAAACCAGAUAUCUAUGCUACAAUUAUGGAUUUCUUUGCAUCUGGCUUACCUUUAGUUACUGAGGAAACACCUUCAGGAGAAGCAGGAUCUGAAGAUGAUGAUGAAGUUGUGGCAAUGAUUAAGGAAUUGUUAGAUACUAGAAUACGGCCAACUGUGCAGGAAGAUGGAGGAGAUGUAAUCUAUAAAGGCUUUGAAGAUGGCAUUGUACAGCUGAAACUCCAAGGUUCUUGUACCAGCUGUCCCAGUUCAAUCAUUACUCUGAAAAAUGGAAUUCAGAACAUGCUGCAGUUUUAUAUUCCAGAAGUAGAAGGUGUGGAACAGGUUAUGGAUGAUGAAUCAGAUGAAAAAGAAGCAAACUCACCUUAAAUUAAUUUGAGUUUUCUUUGGGCCCAGCAGUUGGACUUGUUGAUAUAUAUACUAAGCUUUUAUUAUUAAUCUGCUAAGGAACUUGAGGAUUAAUAAAAUAUACCCUUUCUUCAGAGAAUGAUAUAUAAAUAUUGCAUGUUUGCUUUACCUCAUAUGAGUUAUUUAUAACAUCCUGAGUCAUCUUCUGUACACGUGGAUUUUAUCCAGGGAUAUUUUUAUUUUUGUUCUUCAUUUCUCAUGGUUCCUUCUUUGCAUAAUGUGUGAAGCAGUUUAAAAUACAUCCCCCCCAAUCUAAUUUAUUUACUUUUUUAAUACAGAAGUAAAUAGGGAGAAUCUUUUUAAGAUAUUCUAAAAUGGCUUAGCUUUUUAUGAGAUGUUUGAAACUAUGUUUACUGAAUUUUUACCUUGUUAAAAAAAAAACACUAAACAAUUUUUAGUUUUAAAAUGGUAUCUGCCUAGUAGCCCCCAAUGUAGUAUCACAUAACUUCCCACUGAAAGACCAAAAAGAAAAAAGAAAAAUCAUAAUGCUGAAAACUGAUGAAGAACCAAGUUCUGGAAUGUAGACAAAAUUUCCCUUGAUUACAGGACAGAGCAGGCUGAAUUGAGAAAAACUGCCAUAGUAUGCUCAGGCUUUACCUUAUGAUACAAAAUCUGUCUGAAAAAAAAAUGUGAAACUGCUUGGUCCUUCUACUGGCUUCUCCUGACUCAGAGAUCUAUAAUCUGUACCAUGCCAAAAAUUUGGACAGUUAUCUUUCUACCAUAUGUGUACAGCUUUUUCAGAUAGCCCAAGUAGCAAAUUAUGCUUCUCGUUUUUCUAUAGGAAUUCAGAGUCAACAGUUCACAGACAAUAUCAGGAAAGGAAAGAUAGGUACAUUGCAUCUUUGGAAUUCUGUUCCCCAAAAGUACUGAGAUUAAAAUAGGGAUGGAAACAGAAAGAACUCCAGCAGUUGUGAGUGCUGGGAAGAGAAGUUUUAAUUUUUCUUCUUUUGGUUCACAGAACCAGGUAUUGCGGUUGGAGAAUUUGUUUCCUGAGCCGUUAUAGAUGAAUUCAGGUUAGACUAUGGGAAUUACUGCGUAAGGUAGGCACAUUAACUUGCUGAAGCUACAGGAAAUUGAGAUUGUGGAGGAGAUGCAGUUAAUGACAAGUCUUGGGUCUGGCCACGAAAUAAGUGGCUGAGGUGAGUGGGGGAUUUAGUUACUGGAAGAGGAAGUCACAGAACAAGAGAGGCCAAGUUAUUGGAAAGAUUUUCUACAAAAGGGAGCUUGUUGGAACUUCCCUGGUGGGCCAGUAGUUAAGACUCCACGCUCCCAACACAGGGGGCCCGGGUUCGACCCCUGGUCAGGGAAAUAAGAUUCCACAUAACACAACUAAGCCCGCGUGCCACAAGUAGAGAAACCCACGUGCCGCAACGAAGACCCAGCGCAGGCAAAAUAAAUAAACUAAAAAAACAAAAACAAAAACUGGUUGUCUUAAACAAUAGAAAUUAAAAAAACAAACAAAAAAACACUAUGGGACAUUUCAAUGUGUAUUUGAAACUGAGAUUAUUGGCCAAAGCACCUGGAGGGUUUUUUACUAAACAAAAUUAGGGUGAAGCCUGUCAAGGAGUGGGUAAUUUCCCCCUCUACCCCUUUUGAGUUCUUGUGACUGGACUAACAAUAAAAUUGACACAAAAUAGAUUAACAGGAGAAAAAGAAACAAAUUUUAAUUCUUGCACACAGAGGUCUCAUAGUAACGGGACCCAAGAAGUGGCCAAAGCAUUAGCUUUUAUAUUUUUAGACAAAAUUAAUUUGAGAGGAAUUGACAGAACAAAGAAAUUUAGGUUUGGGUGCUAAUUAGUAAGGAAUUUAAACAGUUUGGACUUGGGUAGUGAGUUAGGAAGGAAAUAACAAGGUUUGUUUAGGUAGUCUUUUGGCCUGAAUUCCCUAUCUCUGGUGAUAAGGAUGUCUUCCUAUAUCUCCCAGUACAGGGAGGGCACCUGUCACAUGGAAGAUUUAUUUCCUGCUUUCAGGGAGACAGGAGGGUCAGAGUCCCUCUUGUAUCAGCCAUUUCUUAAGUAACUUUAAUUCAAAAUAAUAUGACAUUGAGGCAUAUUUUGGGGUGCCUGCCAUGAGCCCCACCAAGCCCUAAUACAGAAUGAUAAGGAGCAAAAUAUAUAAGAAUAGACUUUCAUUGAGCAUUCACUAUGACCCUGUUCUCAGCACCUUAUAUUUAUGAAGUCAUUUAAUCCUAUGAGAUGGGUAACUAUUAUUGUCCCCAUGAGGCACAGAGAGGAGAAGUACAUAUUCCAUUGCCAUAGAAAUUAAGUGGAAAAGCCAGGAACAUGGACCCUGACAUUCUGGGUGCAGAGCCUGUGCACAUUGCCAUUAGGGAAUUGAACCCUCGUACUUUUCCCGAGUAUUCCUACCUCAGGAAAGGGAAAAGCAUUCCUUGUCUUCAUAGGUGCUGCUUCCUAGUGGACCAUCUUUUACUUGCUUCAGACCAUCAUGGGCCAAAUGUGUACAUUUGUACACAUCUGUGUGCAUAUGUGUACAUUUUUUUCAUGCAGGAAUAUGAAGCUGGCUGCUCUCCAGUCCAGUGGGAAUUUACAUCAUCCCUUUGGGAAACCCUAGCCUUAUACUCUGCUUCUCCACAUUAGAGUUAUCAAUAAUAAUUCCACAGGGUGCUUGCAGUCUGCAGAAUCGACUUUUGAAAGAAACUCUAGAAAACAGUAUUCUUCUGUCUCCUUACAUUUGGAGUCAUCUUUCAACUCUAGGCAGCUCCCUGAAUGGUCCACCUCUAUUUUGGCUCUGAUCACAUCCUACAGGAUAGAAAUAGUAGAUAGGACCAGUUAAUCUCAUGGUUUCCAAUUUGUUGACAAUUUCUUGGCAGUAGAAUGAGUUUCUUUCUAGCAGAGGUAGAAAACUCUGCCCCAGGUUCUGCCUACUGGGGAAAUUUGGAGCCACCCUGGAGGCGAGUAUUGGGGAAUGUAUUAAUUCUAGUUGGAGUCAGCACCCUUUGUUCUCAAGCCUGAGGAACAUCUUUUGUUAGUGUUUUCUUGGUGUCCCUUCAUUCUUUUAGCCCUUUCCUUUGAAGAACUUCUACCUGUUCCUGACUCUAUGUGGCUCUGGUGGAACUGUCCAAUCACCGUGUCCUACCUUUGCCACCAGAGUGGGGCAUACGACUCACUAGACCCAUCAGAAUCCUUGCCUAAAUAUAAAAAGUGAGGACGGAGGAAUAGCCUCUCUCCCCUUGGACUGCAAGCUGUAAAGAUGUGAUUCCAGAGCUGUUUUAGGGUCUUUACCCUGUCCAUGAGGUCAGAGAGAGAAUCAAAGAGAGUUCUGACAACAUUUUUUGUGUGCCUGGAUAUAGAUGUAUCUGAAGCUGUUUGUAUCUCUGUCCUUUCCAAUUACAUUAGCCAAUAAAUCCCCCUCUUCAGCUAGUUUGAGUAACUUUCUAUUAUUUGUCAUUGAAAGCUCUAUCCUCUAGAAAUUUAAAAUAAAUACAUAUAUUCACGUUGAGGAAGUCAAUAAGAUCACCCUUCGAUGGAUGUGUUAGUCAGGCUUUCUAGAGAAACAACUAGUAGGGGGGAGAGAGGGAGCGAGAAAUUCAUUUUAAGGAAUUGGCUCAUGCAAUCAUGGAGGCUACCAAGUCCAAAAUCUGCAGGAUGGGCUGUCAGGGUGGAGACAGGGAAGAGCUGACGUUGCAGUCCAAGUCCAGUUUGGCUGGGGAAUUCCUUCCAGCUCUGGGGAGGUCAGUCUUUUGUUCUAUUCAGACUUUUAGUUGACUAGAUGAGGCCCAUCCACGUAAUGGAGCUCAUUGUGCUUUACUGAGUCCACUGAUUUAAAUGUUAACCUCAUCUGAAAGCAUCCUCACAGAAACAUCCAGAAUAUAAUAUUUGACCAAAUAUCUGGGCACUCUAGUGCAGCCAAAUUGACCCAUAAAAUCAGCCCUCACAGUGGGGAAAGUUUGCCUUCAGCACCAACUUAUUCCUGAUUCCUGCUCCCAUAAUUUGGCCUCCUUUCUCUGGCGUUACCAUACUUAGUUCCACAUGCCCUUAUAUUGUCCCUUUCUUGCCUAGUGUCAUCAACCAAGGUAAUCUGUCCAGGUCUGCCUUCCUUCUAAUUUCAGAAUUAUCUUUAUUUUAUCCCCAUCAAAGCUUGCAUUUCCUCAGUGACUUUUUCACACCUGGUAUCCAAAUGAAAAUAAUCUCAUAGUUACACUCUAAAGUGUAAUAGAUGAUAGUGACUUAAUGUAGAUCUCCUUGGGGAGGGAGAGCUGUUCUGCCUUAAAUAUAUAUGUACAGGUGGAGUUUAGGCAAUGUGAUAGGGAAGGAGUGGAGGUAAUUUUGCACGAGGGAACUUUCUGGUUCCCUUAUAAUCCUAUUUUGUGAGUGACUAGUCCUCUAUAGUCAAGCCCUAACUAUUUAACAUUUGAUUCCCUUCUUAAUGCUUCCUUUUAAAAAGGGCAAAUACACAGAUGCAAAGUGUAAGAUAGGAUUCUUCUUUAGGGAACUGCCAAUAGGUUAAAGUAUAGCUAGACUGUUAAAUGCUUGAAUACAGUGAUGGGAGAUGAUGCUGAUAAAACCGACAGGAGUGAGAUCUGAAUUACCAAGGGUGUGUGCAUAGGAGUCUGGACUUAAUCCUUCAGGUGAAGGAUACCCACUGAAUUGGAAGCAGGGAGAAACAGGAUCUGAUCUGUGUUUUUGAAAAAUCACUCUGGUGUGAAAGUGUCUAGGAUGAACUGGGGUAGUGGUGGAAUCAAAGGGGUUUACUUAAGGGGUCUUUCUGAGGCCCUGACUGGUGCCUUCUCCUGUUCAUUGCUUCCUUCUCAAAGGCCUUCGUGGCUCAACCUACUUCUUUUUCCUUUGACAUCUUCUCUGUCCACUGAAGUACACUUCUCCAUAUAACUCCAUAAGAUGUGGGAUAUAUAUGCCCCUGCUUCCCCUAUUCUUGUAAUGCACAGGGCUUUUAAAAUGUAUGUAUAAUUAAAAUGAGAUGUAUGUAUGUAUGUAUAUUAAAAUGAGAUAUGUAUGUGUA